AUGGGCCCCCUGUGCUUCAUCAUGAUUAACGAUGCGCUCCUGGACACUGAGCAUCCUUGGAAAUACGUGGAUGACUCGACCGUCGCCGCCGCCAAUGAUAAUUCCUACCCUGACCAUUCUGCCUGCUCCACCAACCCCACCCCCAAGCCCAUCCUCACGCUGGACAACCAUCAAGCUGCUCCGUGUCAACAUCGUCUAAGUAAAGCGUUUCAACAUGGGCGUUAUCAGCACUUAUAUUUCAAACUUUUAGACUUUAAAUUUAAUAUUUGUUACCUAUACUUAUUAGUUCUCUGUUUAAUUAAUCAGUUUCCUGUGCCUUUCUGCAUUUCUGAUAUAUUUAAGCAUCAUAUCUUCUUUCGCCCUCUAGUGCUGUCAGUAGGAGUUGAAAAGAACAAGACUGCCGAGGAGCUUCUCACCUGCGGCUACAACUUCUGCCUCGAUCAACAGUACGAGGACUCCCCCAGCAACGCCACCGUCACCACGGACAGUCGCGAAGAUGGUCCUGCUCUGUGGAAGAUCUACACCAUGGCCUCCAUCUACCUCGCCUGUGCACUCCUCGCCGCCGCCAUUACCGUCUUCUUUGUGGAUCCGCUGAGCAGAUUUUUGAAGGAAUCCCCAGCCAGCCAGGAAAAGAGUGGCCUCGUGCUCGUUGCUGCAACCUUUAACCAAUUGCGCCAUCCAUACCAGUUGCUGAUCAUUCCUCUGACGAUAUGGUCGGGCGUGGAACAGGCUUUCCUCGGCGCAGAUUACACGGCGGCUUUCGUAUCCUGUGGUCUAGGCGUACACAUGGUCGGUUACGUCACCAUUUGUUACGGAGUUUGUGACGCCAUCUGCUCCGUUGGAUUCAGCCCCAUCGUCCGGAAGUACGGUCGUGUCCCCGUCUUCAGCCUCGGUUUCCUCAUUAACCUGGGGCUGAACAUCACUCUUACGUACUGGACGCCGAAACCCGAUGAUUUGGUCGUGUUCUUCGUCAUAUCAGGUCUCUGGGGCGUCGCUGAUGCAGUGUGGCAGACGCAGAUCAACACCCUCUACGGCGUGAUCUUCCCCGGCGAGUCCGAAGCAGCGUUCAGCAACUACCGCCUGUGGGAAUCGACGGGCUUCAUCAUCGCCUACGCCUGCAGCACCGUCCUUUGCGUCAGCUCGAAGAUCGUGGUCCUCAACGUGUUCCUCCUGCUGGGGAUCGUGGGAUACUACGCCAUCGAGGUCCUGGAGAAGCGGGGAGGACUCGAGAAGGACAAAGACGGGAAAGUGGUUGUUCUCGAUCGGCUGUUGCUUCGCCUGUUGAAGAAGAGGAGGGCGAGUGUGUAGGCCUGCGUGUGGGUUUUGUUAAUGCUGUUGUUGUUGUUAUAUGGACGAACAUGUUUAUUGUUAUUAUUAUUAUUAUUAUUAUUAUUAUCAUUAUUAUUACUAUUAUUAUAUGAAUUAAUCUGUUUAUUGUUAUUAUUACUAUUAUUAUUAUAAUUGUUAUUACAUAUGAAUGAAGCAAUGACCUAUUUAUUCUUAGGGAUGACAGAAUCUGUUUUUAGCUAUGAAUGGAUGAAACUGAGUGAAUGGAAGAAGAACGAAGCAAGAAGAGAGUGAAGGCAGAGUGAAUGACAUUGGUUUACAGUGAAUGAGCCAAAGGCAAUGGGAAUGAAAAUUGAGCGAUAUUAGACAUUUGUUAAGGGCGAAAGAACUUACAAUUGUGAAUGACUUUCGUUACACAGAUGUAUAUAUUUUUUCUAGGUUUCGUACUGAAACAUUUCCAGUAACUCUUAGAACUUGGGCGAUGUUCAGUGACGGCCAUGUGUAUAAAUGUAAAUAAAGUGUUUUUUCGGCCA